UUAAUUAGUUUUCAUGAAGGUUAAAACAUCUACAAAUGGCCGUAUAUAUACUGGAAUUACUUUUUUUCAUACUAGUAAUGGCGAUCAGCGACUCAUAGCGGGACUGCGGAAGGCAUUCUGACACUGGGGGGAACUGACUAACUGCCACUAACAUACCCAGUGAUACUAAUACAGUGAUCAGUGCUAAUAAAAAGCACUGACACUGUACUAAUGGCACUGGGCAGGAAGAUGUUAACAUCUGGGAUGAUCAAAGGGUUAACUGUGUGCUGUUUUACUGUGUGUGCUGGAAACAUGCUUCUUUGUAUUGCUCUGCAUAGCAGAGCAAUACAAAGCAGCAUGUCGGUGCUGACA